AUGGAGUUGGUGUCAUUUGAAGACAUAGCUGUGGACUUCACCUGGCAAGAGUGGCAGGACCUGGACGUUGUUCAGCGAAACCUCUACAGGGAUGUGAUGCUGGAGAACUACACCAGCCUGAUGUCCUUGGGGAACUGUAUAACCAAACCUGAUUUGAUCUUUAAGUUGGAGCAUGGACUUGCACCAUGGAGUGUAAAUGAAGAUGUGAUUCAGUGUAUUCCAGAAUUAAAGAGUGAGCAGAAAAUGUACUGGAUAAAGACUGAUGAUUUAAAACAAUGCCAGAAUUCUUUGUGUCACAAGUUACAUCACACUUGUCAUGAAGAAGAAAUCUCAGGUGAGAAGUUGUAUGAAUUGUGUACAACCUUGAACUCCAGUUCACAGCUUAUGAAGCAUAAACCUAUUCACACAGGUGAGAAACCACAUGAAUGUGGGAAACCUUUCAUCUCCCAGUCAUAUCUCACUGUGCACCAGAGACCUUACACAAUUGGCAAGUCCUAUCAAUGUAAUGUAUGUGGGAGCACUUUCCUUGCAAAGUCAGAUCUUAAGACAAAUCAGAAAAUUCAUACAAGUGAGAAGACAUAUGAGUACACUGAAUGUAGUAAAGUCUUUAUCUUUCAGUCAGAUUCCACUGUGCAUCAGAGAACUCACACAGGUGAAAAAUCACACGAAUCUACUACAUGUGGGACGGCUUUCAUUAUCAAGUCAAUUCUCAAAAAGCAUCAGAGAGCUCCCACAGGUGAACAGCCACAUGAAUGUACUUAUGAAUGUAAUGAAUGUGGAAAAGCUUUCAUCUUCAAGUCACAGCUCACUGUGCAUCAGAGAAUUCACACAGGUGAAAAGCCAUAUGAAUGUACUCUAUGUGGAAAAGCUUUUACCUGCACGUCACACCUCAAUAUGCAUCGGAGAAUUCAUACAGGUGAAAAGCCUUAUGAAUGCAGUGCAUGUGGGAAAGCUUACAUUACCAAGUCAUAUCUUAAUAUGCAUCACAGAAAACACAUAGGUGAAAAGCCAUAUGAAUGUAAUGAAUGUGGUAAAGCUUUCAUCUUCAAGUCACAGCUCACUGUGUAUCAGAGAAUUCACAAAGGUGAAAAGCCACAUGAAUGUACUGCAUGUGGUAAAGCUUUCAUCUCCAAGUCACAUCUUGCUGUGCAUCAGAGAACUCACACAGGUGAAAAGCCAUAUGAAUGUACUGCAUGUGAAAAAGCUUUCAUUACCAAAUCAGAUCUUAAUAAGCAUCAGAAAACUCACACUGGUGCAAAGCCAUAUGAAUGUACUCUAUGUAGUAAAGCUUUCAUCUGCACGUCAAAGCUCACUGUGCAUCUGAGAACUCACACCGGUGAAAAGCCAUAUGAAUGUAAUGAAUGUGGUAAAGCUUUCAUCUUCAAGUCACAGCUCACUGUGCAUCAGAGAAUUCACACAGGUGAAAAGCCAUAUGAAUGUACUCUAUGUGGAAAAGAUUUUACCUGCAUGUCACACCUCAAUAUGCAUCGGAGAAUUCAUACAGGUGAAAAGCCUUAUGAAUGCAGUGCAUGUGGGAAAGCUUACAGUACCAAGUCAUAUCUUAAUACGCAUCACAGAAUUCACAUAGGUGAAAAGCCAUAUCAAUGUACUCUAUGUGGUAAAGCUUUCAUCUGCAAGUCACAUCUCACUGUGCAUCAGAGAACUCACACAGGUGAAAAACCGUAUGAAUGUACCACAUGUGCGAAAGCUUUAAUCUCCAAGUCACAGCUCACUAGGCAUCAGAGAACUCACACAGCUUUUACCUGCACGUCAAAACUCGAUAUGCAUCGGAGAAUUCAUACAGGUGAAAAGCCUUAUGAAUGCAGUGCAUGUGGGAAAGGGUUUGUGUGCAAGUCAAAACUCACUGUGCAUCAGAGAACUCACACAGGUGAAAAACCAUAUGAAUGUAGCAAAUGUAGGAAAGCUUUCAGCACCAAGUCACAUCUCACUAUGCAUCAUAGAACUCACACAGGUGAAAAGCCGCAUGAUUGUAUUGAAUGUGGGAAGACAUUUAUUACCAAGGCUAAUCUUAAUAAACAUCAGAAGGUUUAG